AUGCUCAGACCUCAGCUUAUCAAGUCUAUACUUGGAUCUUCAAGAUUAAGUUCCAAAGGCUUGUCCCAUAGUUCAUUAAGAUUGUUUGCGGGUUCAAACAAAAGACUUUUAUCAACAUUGAAGAAAACAACUAAAAGCAAAACAUAUUCCCAAAACUCAUUAAUAGCAUUAGGUAUUUCAAUAACUGCAAUUGCAUCAAUCUAUUCAUACAAUCAAUCACAAAAUUAUUUAAGUGCAGAUGUCCCUAAAUGGUCAGAUAUUGAAUUAACCCCAGAAAUCGUUUCACAACAUAACAAAAAAGAUGAUUGUUGGGUUGUUAUAAAAGGUCAAGUCUAUGAUCUAACUGAUUUCUUAACAUCCCAUCCAGGUGGUCAAAAAGUUAUCUUAAGAUAUGCAGGUAAAGAUGCAACAAAGAUUUUUGUACCAAUUCAUCCUCCAGAUUCAAUUGAUAAAUUUAUCCCACCUGAAAAACAUUUAGGUCCAUUAAUUGGUGAAUUUGAAGAAGAAGUUGAAGAAUUAAGUGAAGAAGAAAUUGAUAGAUUAGAAAGAAUUGAAAGAAAACCUCCAUUAUCACAAAUGAUCAAUUUACAUGAUUUUGAAACUAUAGCAAGACAAAUCUUACCACCACCAGCAUUAGCUUAUUAUUGUUCAGCAGCAGAUGAUGAAGUUACAUUAAGAGAAAAUCAUAAUGCAUAUCAUCGUAUAUUUUUCAAUCCAAAAAUUCUUGUUGAUGUUAAAAAUAUUGAUCUUACAACAGAAUUUUUUGGUGAUAAGACAACAGCUCCAUUCUAUAUUUCAGCUACAGCGUUAGCUAAAUUAGGUAACCCAGAAGGUGAAGUUGAUAUUGCAAGGGGUGCAGGUCGUGAGGGAAUCCAUCAAAUGAUUUCAACUUUAGCUUCUUGUUCAUUUGAUGAAAUCGCAGAUGCAAGAGUUGAAGGACAGAAUCAAUGGUAUCAAUUAUAUGUUAAUGCUGAUAGAUCAAUUACAGAAAAAGCAGUAAGACAUGCUGAAGAACGUGGUAUGAAAGGUUUAUUCAUAACAGUUGAUGCACCUUCUUUAGGUCGUCGUGAAAAGGAUAUGAAGAUGAAAUUUGAAGCUGAUUCAAGUGUUCAAUCUGAUGAUGAUGAAGUUGAUAGAUCACAAGGUGCCGCUCGUGCUAUAAGUUCAUUUAUUGAUCCUUCAUUAUCAUGGAAAGAUAUUGGCUUCAUUCAAUCAAUAACUAAAAUGCCAAUUGUCAUUAAAGGUGUCCAAAGAAAAGAAGAUGUUUUCUUAGCUAUUGAACAUGGUUUACAAGGUGUUGUCUUAUCAAAUCAUGGUGGUCGUCAAUUAGAUUAUACAAGAGCUCCAGUAGAGGUUCUCGCUGAAGUUAUGCCCGAAUUGCGCGCUAAAGGUCUUGAUAAGAAAAUUGAAAUUUAUAUAGAUGGUGGUGUAAGAAGAGGUACAGAUGUACUUAAAGCCUUAUGUCUUGGUGCAAAAGGUGUUGGGCUAGGUAGACCUUUCCUUUAUGCUAAUAGUUCUUAUGGUGAUAAAGGUGUUCAAAGAGCAAUUCAAUUAUUAAAGGAUGAGUUAGAAAUGAAUAUGAGAUUAUUAGGAGUGACUAAAAUUGAAGAUUUAGGACCUGAAUUAUUAGAUACAAGAAAUAUUUAUAAUAGAAGUGUUCCUGUUGCUAAAGAUUAUUUAUAUGAACAAAACUAUGGAAGAAUGGCUGGUGCGGCAUUUAGACCUGGUAUAGAAGACUAA